AUGGCUGGGGGUGAGGAUCUGUUGCAUGUGAGGCUCACUCUCCUGCUGCUCUGGCUAGAGGUGAUCCUGCUCCUCCCUGGAAUGUCCCAGAAUGAGCACACCCAGCACCACACCCCCCCAGAAGUGGUGAUUCCCUUGAGGGUCACUGCUAAAGGGAACCACCUGAAGGCCUCAGGCUGGCUCUCCUACAGCCUGCACUUGGGGGACCAGAGACACAUUGUCCACAUGAAGGUCAAGAAGGCUUUUCUGGCCAGACACCUCCCAGUGUUCACCUACACAGACCAGGGUGCUCUCCUUGAGGACCAGCCUUUUAUAAAGACUGACUGCUUCUAUCAUGGUUAUGUGGAGGGGGUUCCCGAAUCUCUGGUUGUCCUCAGUAACUGCGUAGGGGGCUUUGUAGGAAUGCUGCAGAUAAAUGAUAUCAUUUAUGAAAUCAAACCCAAAAAGUUUUCUGACACAUUUGAACAUCUGGUUUAUAGGAUGGACAGUGAAGAAACACAGUUCCCACGCAUGUGGUGUGGCUUGACAGAAGAGGAAAUUGCAAGACAAUCACAGUUUCAAGGGAAUGACAAUGAUGUUCUGAUGCAAAGCGGAUUUCAGGGAUGGUGGACCCACAUGAUGACUAUUGAACUGGCAGUUGUUGUAGACAAUAAUCGAUACCAUACUCUGAGCAGUAAUGAGACAAACGUGUACCAGGAAGUGUUUAAUGUUGUCAAUUUAAUUGAUACCAUGUACAAGCCAAUGGAGGUUACUAUAGCUUUAUAUGGCAUUGAGAUCUGGACUGAGAACAACCUAAUUCCAUUAGACACCAUACAAAAAGGUCUGUCAGAAUUUUGCAAAUGGAAGCAUGCAAAUCUUGCUAAUCGUGUUCACCAUGAUGUUGUGCAUCUUAUUGCAGAUAAGCAUUUUGGCAUUUAUCUUGGUUUGGCCUAUGUUGGGGCUAUGUGUGUCGAUUCUUUUAAUUGUGCAGUUCUCAGUUUCAGAGGUAACAAACUGGGUGACUUUGGAGUCACUAUGGCACAUGAACUUGGUCAUAAUUUAGGUAUGUUUCAUGAUGAUAAGUACUGUGUAUGUGCACAAAAGAGAUGCAUAAUGUUCCCAUCAAAAGUGGCAUCAAAUAAAUUCAGCAACUGCAGUUAUGCUUACUUUUGGAACAACAUUAUGAAAAAGACUUGUUUACGCAACAGAGCAAAACUAGAAAAUAUACUUAAAGAGAAGCGGUGCGGAAACAAUGCAGUUGAAGAAGGAGAGGAGUGUGACUGUGGAUCCAUAACAUCUUGUCAACAAAAUCCCUGUUGUCUGUUGAACUGCAGACUGAGGCCUGGGGCUGCUUGUGCUUUUGGUACAUGUUGCCAAAAUUGCAGAUUCGCCUCAGCAGGCACACUGUGCAGAGCAGAAGUCAAUGAAUGUGAUCUUCCAGAAUGGUGCAACGGAUCAUCUUAUCAAUGCCCAGAAGAUGUAUAUGUGCAAGAUGGGACACCAUGCCAGAACAGUGGCUACUGUUUUGAAAAGAGAUGUAAUAACCAUGAUGAACAGUGUAGGAAGAUUUUUGGCAAAGAGGCCAAGAGUGCAAAUUUGAGUUGUUACACAGAAAUGAACCUCCAGGGUGACCGUUUCGGUCACUGUGGCAUUCAGGCAAGCUCAUAUGUAAAAUGUAAUAUCCAGGAUGUCCUCUGUGGAAGAGUCCAGUGUGAGAACGUGACAGUAAUACCCCAUUUGCAGGAGCAUUCUACUGUGCAUAGGAUUCACCUCAAAGAUGUCAUCUGCUGGGGCACCGACUAUCAUUAUGGAAUGACCAUACCUGAUAUUGGUGAAGUGAAAGAUGGCACAAAAUGUGGUCCAGAUAAGAUCUGUAUCCACAGGAAGUGUGUUCCUAUGGCUCAACUGCAAAAUAUUUGUACAAAUAUAACCUGUAAUAUGAUGGGGGUAUGCAACAGUAAACAAAAUUGCCAUUGCAACUAUGGAUGGGCCCCACCUAACUGCCAGCUAAAAGGCCACGGAGGUAGUGUUGACAGCGGCCCAGCACCAGGGGAAGAAGUGAAAAAAGAGGUGAAAUACAGCAACAAAAUCUUCCUACUGCUUUUGUUGAUUCUUUUGUUCACUUUACUUUGGUUAAUAUAUCUUUGCAAGAGACAGAAAAAACAAAAAACAGCCCUCAUAAGAAGACACACAAAAAAAUACGAAUCCAGACAUAAAACCCCCUAAGUAAAUUUCUCUCCAUUUUGUUUGCUUGCCUGCCAGUUCAAAUGUUAGUGUUUUGGGGAGAGACCAUUGACAGAGAAUCCCAGGCAUCUAUUCUACUUCA